AUGGGCCUGGUGCCCAAUGCCGAGCAGGCUCACUUCGCCGCUUGGCAGGCGGCGGCGCGGCUGCGGCGGUGGUGGCGGGGCAGCGCCGGCGCCCAGAUCCUUUCCGAUGUGGAUGACACCAUCAAGUGCUCCGGUGGGCCCAUCGGCGGUGGUGUGGAUGAGUCGGGGUACCGGAAAGAGAUCUACCCCGGGGCGGUGCAGUUCAUAUUGGAGCUGGCGCGGGGCCGUGAGCUGCAUUGGGCGCCCCGCAGGGUGAGGCUGCUGUCCGCCAGGCCCCAGAAGCUGGGCUUCCUCCGGAUGAAGCCGGGCAGCCGGGUGGCCGAGGAGUUCCGGCGAGUGGGGGAGGCCAACGGCUUCCCCGAGUGGGGCAUCGACUUCGAAGGCUCCGCGUACGGGCGGCUGCGGGACCUCGUGCCCGCGCUGCGCGGGGACUUCCGGCGCUUCGGGCGUACCAAGGUGAGGAACUGGCGCGAGGUGCUGGGGGAUGACUUGGGCCAGGCCAAGGCGGUCUUCAUCGGGGACAACGGCCAAGGGGACGUCCAGGCGGCGCUGCAGAUGGCGCGCUUCGGGCCGCCCUUUGCAGCGGCCUUUAUUCACCGAGUGCUGGAGGAGCCGGAAGCGCCAAAGCCGGCCGCGCCGAGCCACCGAAGGGUCUUCUACUUCAGCACCUACCCGGGAGCGGCGCAGGCGGCGCUGGGCCGAAACCUGAUCUCCGAAGAGGGGCUGCGGCGAGUCCACGGCGCCGUGCUGGGCUCGAGCCUCGCGCAGCUCUGCGCCUUGCACGCGCAGGACCCCGGCCGCUUCCAGCGCUACCCCUGCCGCCGUGAGGGCGACCUCUUCUGGGCAGACGGGUCCCCUGUGGUGGAGGUGGCGCUGGACCCCGAGGACCCCACGGUGCGGCUGCGGCGCUGCAAGCUUCCCCUGGCGCACCCGGAGAUCGACCGAGGCGGGCGCUGCGCGCCGCUGCUGGCGGAGCUGAAGGAGGCGGAGGUUGUGCUGGCGGCGAAAGCCGCCGAAAGGCGGUCGGGCCUGCGCUCGAAAGUGGCCGCCUGGUUCGCGCAGCGCCGUAAGAUUGUCACGAGCCAAGCUCCGCGAAGCUGCUCUGUAGAGGAUGUCUCCGGAGACUUCAGCCCAGUGCAGGAGAAGAUCGAUGUGAUGAUCAAGGCCCUCAAGACGGAGCAGGCCGAUGAAGUCAAGAAGAAGGACUACUGCAUCGAAGAGCUCAGCAAGAAUAAGCCGCUUCGAUUGGCGCCGAUUUUGCUGGCAGCGGAGGACAAGCAGCGCCAGGGGGAGUCCCUGGAUGCCUCGGUGCAGGACCUGAAGCAAAAGCUGCAAGCGCUGGUGGCGGAGUCGGAGGAGCUGAGUGCAGAAGUGGCGGAGUUGCAGAAGCAGCAGACGCUUGGAGGCAUCCCAAUUUUGCAGCUCUCGGCCCAAAACCGGGAGAAGGAGAACGCGGAGUUCCAGAAGGUGGUGCAGGACCAGAGGGAGACCCAGGUGCUUCUGAAGAAGGCCAUGGUCGUGCUGCAGGGCUUCUACAACAAAGAGUCGCUGCUGCAGGCGGUUCCGCCAGUGGAGCCAGAGACUUUCGGAAGCUACAAGAAGAAGUCGGGGGGCAAUGGCGCCGCUCGCCCGGUGGUGAUGAUGCUGCAGCAGCUGGUGGCUGACGCCCAGGAAAUGGAGACGGAGGCCUCUGCCGCGGAGCGCAGCUCCCAGCUGGACUACGAGGCCUUCGGCCAGGAGACCACUGCAUCGCUCGCCGCCAAGAACAAGGCGCUGGAGGACAAGGCCGGGUCCCUGAAAAUCUCCAGGAGCAGCGUACAGGGCGACAGCCGACUGGAGGACCCCGGGCGCCAAGCCGCAAAUGUUCAGGCGGGGGAGAAGGCGAAGCUGGAGGAAAAGGCCGUCAUGGCCCGGCAGUCCAAGAAAGGCGUGCUGGCAGAGGCAGGGCGGGCCUGCGGCCUGGAGCAGCGGGUUUGA